AUGUACGACUAUUGCUGGUGCAGAGACAACGUCUUUCAGAAUCCUCUGAUCGGAAAUGGCUGGCCUCGCGAUGAUGGUGUUGACUGGCCCACGUUCAACAAUGAUGAUUUCCAGGGCAUGCUUGACACCUUGGGACGAGAAACCAUUUCGGAACUACUGCCUAUUGAUGGUUUCAAUACUGCGGAUAACAGUCCAUCAAGGUCACAUUCUAGCCAGCCUGGAGGCUUGGAAGAGUUGACCAUCGAUCAGAAACCCGACUUCUCGUCUCAAAUUUUUGGAUUUUCGGGCGAGUCUGACCCAUUCCUCCUGCGAAAUUACCCGUACGACGAUUCAGGCGAAGUGAAGUUCUUCAGGCUUAUUUAUAGAAUGGCAUCAAAUACAGCCGCUGGUCCCGAGUCCGACCAUACGGUUCUUCCUGAUGGCCACCAGGGGACAAGCUCGGCUGGAGACGUGCCUGUUUAUUUUCUGCAGAACAAUAGCCAAACCGUAUCUCAGUCCUUGCAGGCGGUCGAAAAGUGCAUGUUCGAACAAGGCAAGCACGCACCAAGAAUCCAACUCGACAGUCUCGUGAGUCCAGAGAUGGGAGUGGGACUAGUGAAGCUGUAUCUACCAUGUGCCCUCAAUACCGGAUUCCCCUGCUAA